AUGGAGCCACGGGAAGGUGUAAUGAUUAAAAUCGACGAUGCUGUCAAAAAGGCUGUGGAAGAUACUAUCAGCGCAGAGGUUCGAUCAGGGGCGGUCGGGAAAUAUUCGAACCCGUCGGCUUCCGGUCAUGCAACCUCCCAUCUACUUGCCCUGACGACGUUUGACACAUCGUCCACGCUUCCGGAUUUUAUUCCACUGGUGGGUGUAUCGUGGCCGGAACCUGUAAAGGCAGUUUGGAAAACCUUCAGGGCAAACUCCAUUGUUGGUCUUUUCCCGGAGCUUUCAAGGGCGUGGAUAACUGUUGACAAUAAACUCUUAUUAUGGAAUUAUGGUACAGGGAGGGAUUUUUUGGUUUAUGAUGAGAUACCCGAACUUAUCGUGGCAGUUGGCAAUCCGGUUACACCUGUAGCUGGUGUUUUUCAGCCUCACAUAACACUUGUGUUUCCUGUGGCCACCCCGAAAACGAUUCACCUUCUGGGGUUGUGUGUCGUGGGAGAUGAAACUGCAAAAAAGGCCGAACUAUGCGUAGUGAACCUUGGUUUUUCGGUAUUGGCCCCCACGCUUUUCAUAAAGUUAGUUGGGUUGAGGGAUUUAGGACGUGUCUUUGCUGUUGGAGCAGAUGGCUGUCUGUAUGAGCUGAAAUAUACAAAGGAGAGCACACCUUUUAUUCCGAAAGUUCGGCUUAUAAAUCAUUCUAUUAUCUUUGCCGGCAUUCCAAUUCUGAGCACCGUUAGUUCUCUUAUGAGCACGUUGAAACAAACAUGGGCAAAACAAAGGCCCGCAUUACGUGACAUUGCCGCGGAGUCAAAACGCAAAUUGCUGUUUACAUUGGAUGCUGAGGGAAAAAUAUUGAUGUGGAGAAUAACGGAAGAGGGGCUGAAGGUUCUCACGACAGUAAAAUGCACCCGUAGCUCCUUUGAGCACCACCGUCACUUGGAGUCAUCCGCGGAUGAUGCUACAAGCUUUGUCAAGAUAUUUUGUGUUUCACCUUACGAUGAAAACUUUUCCGUUGUUGUCAUUACAUCCAAUGGGGAGCAGUACCGAUAUUUAUGCCAAGAAGGAAUGUGGGAUCGUACCGACGGAAACCUCACAUUGCGAGAUUGGACACCCUCGUGUAUUCCCUCCAAUCGUGAGGUCAGUGUUUGCUUUACCUCGGAUGGCGUUGCUCUUUUCUGUCACACCGAGAAGGAUGACGAAAAUGCCUCCUCGGAUUCCGUUGCUGUGACCACCUCCCCCAAAACUGUUCUACCACCACAUCAUCAUUGUCGCGAUAUCGUCGCCCACUUUGAGCCCUCAGCGUCACUUAUGGCUCGAGUCGACGCAAUUGGUGAGGUCCCCGUUAGGGAGAGUGUGAGUCCGAAUGAAUUGUGCUCCCAGGUCGUUUGCUCACCUAGGCAAUUUGUGUUUGUUCACCGUCAUGGUAUCUCAACAUUUAUGAAGUUGCGUCCCGUGGACACCCUUCACAUGAUACUUUCAUUUUCCGGUCAACAAAUUCGUGACAACCUCCUUCAGCGUUUUUCGUCUGUGUACAGUGCCUCUGAUUAUUGUUGUAUGCUUUUGCAGAUUGCUGUUGGGUGUACAAACGUCCCGGCUAUCGUAGAGGGACCAUAUAUUGAGAAUGGCAUUGCCAAUUCCCCCUUUUCUCAAAUGGAAAAAACCCAUGUAAAAUCAAAUGGGCCGCUUUCAAUGGAUCAGGUCGGAUCUCAGCUUAUUAAUGCAACCUCACAAGAAGCCCAACGUCUGGCCCGUGAAAUACUUCGCAAUGCGAUGAUGCCCAGUUGGCACGAGGGCCCAAUUUCUGCUAGUGGUAGCAGACAAAUUGUUGUGCAGGUCUCACCCUUUGCGUUGGGGGUCGCGGCAUAUAUUGGAAGGGCGCUCUAUAAAGUCUGGGAGACGCCGAUGGGAAAUCUCCCCCUACACGAUCUGGCUGUCAUUGAGGUGGUGCUGUCAUCGUUGGUGCGUCUGCUGAAUAGUUUAAAAAAGGACGUGUGGUCCGAAAAUAUGGUUCAGCUCUCUGUACCCUUUCGAUGGGAUCAGAGCAAAGUGACACUGACAUUUCCUUCUCAUGGCUCAUCUGUAUCCUCAUACGAUCUCAAAAUGUUGCAGUCUGCCUUUUUGUAUUCGUCUCACUCUCUUUGUGAGCGUGUACUGCAGACGAUAAAGUUUGCAAAACAAACAGCAUACAUUCCGCUCUCUUUAGAUGACAGCAAAAUCACCCUUGCACAAGUUGUAGGGGAUCAGAGCAUUGCACACCGAUUGGCACGAUACAUUGGAAGGUUAGUAUUGUCCACGGAGCAAAGGGUUGGAUUUUUGCAGCAAGACCGUAUUGCUCCAAUGACACAACUUCAACUAGAAUGUCCAUACUUCUUCAGUUCUAUUGAUGUUCACGAGUACAGUGCAAGGAUCGAACUUGAUCAGCUACAUUCUUCGAGUGGCGAAGGUCUUUAUGCACUUUCGGAGAGUAAAAUGACGGAUUGGGAAUCUUCUGUUUCUCGAAUGGCUGCGUCAUUGUGGUCUUCAGGAGCGCUACAAGGCAUCUGCCAACAACUGAAGGCACUUAAGAAGGAGGACACGCUUGUCAGACUUCUUCUCCACGCUGCGAGUCAGUUAGACCCAAGCAAUUCGGCAUUUGAGAUUUACCUGGCUGAAAGAAACGGUAACAGAAGUCAAUGUUUCAGUUCCACACUUAAUGCCGUGUAUAACCAGAAAGUGAAGGUUCUAACUGCGGUGAUUAGCACUCUUGAAGAAACAUGGAAUACACACCGUAGUGUGGUGGACGACCUCCUGGGAGGGCCGUUGUCUUCGGGUUCUAUUUGGCAGGUGGAACCCUCAGAUGAGAUGGCGCAUUGUUUUCUAUUUGAUUGGAUGUGUGUCCCACGAGAUGAUGCGACGAUUACAUCUAUGCUUAAAGAAACGUUGGUCACGGCACGCUCUCCGUUUCUUGAGGCUUAUCUUCAUCAAAAUGCACUAACUCUUGGUGAACAAUACGCACACUACUUGCGAAGGACAAAGAAAAACUACAAGAAGGCCAUUGAAGUUUGCGCUGCGAUGGCUCAGGCACCACUGGCAGAUAUUCCACGAGAAGAACGCAUCCCGUAUCGUCUCCGGUGUUGGUCUGAGGCAAGAGACUGCGCUGCUGAGUGCAACUCCGAUCAGUUGUCUCUUCUGGAAGAGCGUGUCAAGCUUAUGGAGGCGCAACUUCAACUGUCAAAGAUCAUUUGUGAGUUUAUUAAUAGCGGCCUUCCUCAGCUGGACCGACAGGUUUCUGUGAGCGGGAGGGGAUUCCUUACGGAGCGACAAGUUGCAUUGGAGCAGUUGGAGCUUGUGGAUAAUUUCGCGCUUUCCACAAGUCAACUACUUGAAGUUGCGGGCUUGUUUUAUGCAUUUGGUGGUGCGGAAAUUCAAUUGGACGUCUUGAGUGCUGCGAAUGUGACGGACGCAUCGCUUUACGCCGCGUGCGUCGAAAGUGCGUUUAAGAGAAGGAACACAACUGUUGAAGAAACGGCACGACGGAUCAUUGGAAAAUGUAGACAUUUAAUUGCCUUUCCUUUGAGCCACGUGGCCAAAAUACUUGAAGCCUAUGCGUUUCAUCAGUCACCUGACGGAUCUACGCUGACAGUCGACAUCCUCACUGAAUGUGGUGUGGAACGCAACAUCGUCUUCUCUACGCUGGCAACGAUUGUUGAAAAAAAAGAUACAGUUGGGCUUCCCUGCGAAGCCUUUGAUGAAUCCGGGGUGACAGAUGCUUUUCUGAUGCAUUCGCUGGCAGUUGCCCUUCAUCGUGUGGUGUUUGCCCCGCACGUUGGGUCUGUGCAGCUGCAUUUUUUGAGGAAUGCUCUCAAUACAGUUCGCGAGGGCAUCAAUAGAGUUGCGUAUUUUCCUGCUGAUGAGGACAGCUGCCGAGCGUUAACUGCAGCGGAAAGAAUACUGGAGCAGUGCCACCUUGCUACAAGUCGGCUAACGUCCAGGCCUGUUUUCUAG